CUGGAUGCAAUGCUCCUUUCUGGGCAUUUCCAGCUGCCCUGUCCUUGAGGGCCACCUUGUGGGACAUCUAGGUCCUUGCCUAUGUCUACCCUUCCCCGUUGUUAUGUGUGGUGCUGCACUUAAGGUUUGAUUAUUCCGCAUGGUUGCUAGGCGUGUCCUGUUUGUUGUACCUCCGGAAGGGGGUCCCUGGGGUUCCCCGGAGAGGGAACUAUACGACAGCAAGCUGUGGCUUCCGAAGCGGUGAUGACGUCACAUCCGUUUCGGCGCCGCUCACGGAAGCGGAAGGUGUUUCUGAGCACAGAAGUUACUGGUAUUAUGGGCCGGGCGGAACGAAAAGCAGAAGCCCGUGAAGAAAUUGUGCGGCGUGAGCAGCACCGGGAGCGGCGGAGACAGAUCUCCCGAAUUUUGCGCAAGCCGGCGGCCGAGCGGAGUCCCGGGGAUCGGGAGCUGCUGGAGAGCUAUGCGGAGCUGGUGCAGGAGCUGGAGAAGCAGGGGCUGCGGAGAGAACGGCUCCGGUACCGGGAGCAGGAGGUUGUUGAUGGAUCUGAAAUCCUCCAGGAGAAAGUUUUGGAGCUGGCAGAAGCCGUACGUGGAGCGGAGCAUAUGGUGAUCUACACUGGGGCCGGGAUCAGCACGGCAGCUGCUAUUCCAGACUAUCGUGGACCGAGCGGUGUGUGGACUCUGCUGAAUAAGGGCAGGAGCGUGAGCACUGGUGAUUUAAGUGAAGCAGAGCCGACCUUCACACACAUGUGCAUCGCCCGAUUACACAAAGCUGGACUGGUGCAGCAUGUAGUCUCCCAGAACUGCGACGGGCUUCAUCUUCGAAGUGGAUUACCACGAGACGCCAUCUCUGAAGUUCAUGGAAACAUGUAUAUUGAGGUCUGUACAUCGUGUUCACCACACAGGGAGUACAUGCGCUUGUUUGACGUGACGGAGAGGACAACCCUUCACAAGCACAACACUGGACGCUCCUGCCACAAGUGCGGGGGUGAACUGAGGGACUCUAUUGUGCACUUUGGAGAGCGGGGGAAGUUGGCACAGCCGCUCAACUGGUUAGGGGCAGUGAAAGCUGCGAAGAAGGCGGAUGUCAUUCUCUGCCUCGGCUCCAGCCUGAAGAUUCUGAAGAAAUACCACUGUCUGUGGGCAAUGAAUAGACCUAGCACAAGGCGGCCAAAGCUUUACAUUGUAAAUUUGCAGUGGACACCUAAAGAUGCACUAGCCACCCGGAAAAUCCAUGGAAAAUGUGAUGAAGUCAUGCGGCUUCUGAUGGACGAGCUGAAGUUGGACAUCCCAGACUAUAACAGAUCCCUAGACCCAAUCUUUUCUAUGGCCGUACCCCUGCGCCCAGGAGAAGAAGCCAGCCACAGCCGUAAGCUCAUCAAGGCAGCGGAGACGCCGGAUACACGGUUGGAUCAGCCGCUGUCCCCGCAGGCGCUCAGUGGCGGCUGGUUUGGUAAAGGAUGUACCAAAGGAAGAAGGAAAGCCAAGUGACAAUGUCCUUACUGCCUGUGUCAUGCUGGGAGGCCUCCUCCUAUCACCCAUUUGCACUUUUGACCUUUUUUACAUUCAGUGUUUUUAAAUAAAACUUUCCAGUACA